UUACUCUUGUAUUCUAGUGUCCUCGUGGUAUCCGUCACCAAUAUUAUUUGGUACAAGUCACUCUGGAGACUCUUCAAAGAUUCAUUUUCUCCAUCUUCUCUGCUCGCACAUUUAUAUCAUCCUGCAUGUUACAGCCUCUAGGAAUACCGAUAUCUGCAACAUGGAGAUCCUGUCACACCUUCGCAAAGGAUCAUGGGUUGCACACCUUUAUACUCUUGUGAAUCCGACGUCAGGAAGAAAUACCGAAAUUUGCAUUAAUGAUACAAACCACAUCCAAAUCGCUGGGCCCUGCAAAGGUCUCUUUCCAGUGGUGGUCGACCUUCAUUGAAUUUCAACGGUCACAUUACCCUUCGUGUCGCUGACCGCGAUGACAUCCAGGGCCAACAUUCUCCUCCUUCGCGAACCUACGCCAUCCUCCGACACUGGCCAGGACAGGAAUGGAGCCAUCUUUACUGCAGCAAACAACACGCCUUUCUUGAUUCCAGUGGUCGAGACCGUGUUCUCGAAUAUCAAUGAACUCACAUCCGUAACAGCACAGGGCAAUUUUGAUGGAGUUGUCAUGACCAGCGCACGCUCAUGUGAGGCCUGACACAAGGCAAAUGGUGCAGCCAAGAACGGUACGUGCCGCAUUCACUU